AUGAGCCUCAUCUACCCUGCAGGAGGCGCCGUUGCCGCGUUGGGAGUUGUCGGCCUUUAUAUGCUCUUCAAUGGCGAGGGCGAACAAUUCAAUGUCGGGCAAUUCCUCGAGACAGUGUCUCCGUACGUAUGGGCAGAUCUCGGUAUUGGUCUUUGUAUAGGCCUAUCAGUUGUUGGUGCGGCCUGGGGCAUCUUCAUCACCGGCACAUCUAUUCUCGGCGGCGGCGUCAAAGCUCCACGGAUACGGACGAAGAAUCUCAUCUCGAUCAUCUUCUGCGAAGUCGUGGCGAUAUACGGCGUCAUCAUGUCCAUCGUCUUUUCCUCCAAAAUCAACAUGGUACCUGAAGAAUCACUAUACACGGGACCGAACUACUACACUGGUUACGCCCUAUUCUGGGCUGGAGUGACGGUGGGCAUGUGUAACUUGAUCUGUGGUGUCAGCGUCGGGAUCAAUGGGAGUAGCGCGGCCCUCGCUGAUGCAGCUGAUGCGAGCAUGUUUGUGAAGGUAUUGGUCAUCGAGAUCUUUUCGAGCGUGUUGGGAUUGUUUGGAUUGAUUAUUGGGUUGUUGGUAAGUUCAAAGGCUGCCGAGUUCGAGUGA